AUGUCAUCGAGAAUAAAUACAGAGCAGCAGAGCAAUUAUUGGCUGCAACCAUCUCCCAUAGAUGCCCGGUCGAAUAGCAGUACAGUCUCAUUUGCAGGUACUGAACAACGGAAUCAUGAUAGGGAAGAAGCAAUGAAAAGACUUGGACAGGUACAUAAGAACGAUAAGAAGAACAGACCAUUGGAUAUUUUUCUGAUAUUUAUACAAACUGUUUUGCCGUCGCUGUUCACUGGAGGUGUGAACUUUGUGAUUGCUUGGGGAAUGUAUAAAGGCAAGUUUACCCUGUGGCAGUCGGAGAAACUGACUAACAUUGCAACAGAUCAGGAGCAAAUAUCGUGGUGGUAUUUUCCAUGUCCAUUGAGUGGUGAUUUGGCAGUUACAAUAUUUAUUCAGGGUACUCUGACGUACUUAUUCACGAGCAUUACACUCACAUUGGAUUAUUACGCCCAAAGACGAGUACCUUGGCACGCGUUUAAUAUUCCGUCAAACUUUAUAGAGCGUAUCCCAUUUCCUAGAGUAUUUCUCCUACCUCACAUCCCUAUUCCGCCCGGCACGCGCCGCUCGCAGAAGCUACCAUCAAUCGGGCUCAUUAAGUCGCUGAUUACAUCACCAUCUGCAUUGAUUUGCACUAUCAUUUCAGGGUUGGUUUCCUCAGUUAUCAUAUUCAUGUUUAUCUUCCCAAUUUCUAUCGCGAUUAUGGCACCACUGAUUGGUGGAAGGGAUAAUGUAGCGCACACUUGGUGGUCAGAAGGAUUAAAAGGUGUUUUUGGUUUCGUUCUCAAUAUGGUACAAGCACCAUUGGUGUCUAUAUAUGUCGUUUCCAUGCUAUCAAAUAAGCAAGUUGAUAAGAGGAGGAGUUUCAUAAGCUCUUAUGCUAGUACAUCACCUAUAAUGACAAACGAGAAAGCUUUUACGCAUUCCUAGACUAAUAAUUCGCAUAUAGAUAACUUAUUGAUGUUGUACUUUUAUAAUUUAUGGAUAUUUACAGAUAAUACAUUUUGGUUCAUCUCACGAAUGGCUUACGAUAGGCGCCUUUGUCUUUCUGAUACAGUCUAUGAGCUUCUCGUAUUUGAUCUGCUGAUAAUGGACCGGAUUGACCCCAAGCUUCCUGUACUUCGCGAGCUUCUCGACAAUCUCACCAACGAAUACUU